UCCCACCAACAUAUGAAGAAGCAGUUAGGCACAGACCAGCUGUGAUGUUUGAGCCUCAUGGUGGGAAUGCUGGUGGUCGCUAUACUCCACAUGGGCAUAGGAGUAGAGGUCAUCGAGUUGUUGUUCCAAGUGUAAGGCGAUCACGGCACCGGGAUAAUCCUGACAACAUAUCUUACCAGUCUAUUGGAUCGGCCCGACAGUCUUCUAGCACGUCACGAUCUAUGAGUAUGCGAAGUUGGUCAGCAUGUGAUAGUCUUGGAUCCACCGAUACAGUGGCUGUUAGUGACUCAACUAAUGUAACAGUUGAUACACAAAGCUCAGGAGGAACAAGUAGUGGUGCUUCACAGGCCCCCUCUUGCCGUGCCUUGGCUGGGUCACUUGCAUCAUUUGAUACAUCAUCUCAAGUAAACAAUGAGGGGGCUCCACUGCUUGAGGAGGCAGAGGGAGAUGAAGGUUGCGAUCACCGUGCAGAAGAUCAAUAUUCACUGUCAACUCGUGACUCAGACAGUUUGAAGGAUAAUGUAUCUCACACACGGUCUGUCACAAUCAGCUUACAAGAAUGAAUAGCACAAGCAUAUCUCAGUACCACAGCAUCAGUUGUGUUGUUGUAGGAUGUUGUAAUUAUAAUAUGUAGUAGAGUUAUAUGUAUUUACAGUCUAUGAACUGAUGAUGGAGUAGGUCAGUAAUAUCAUAGAUUUAAAUAGAGUCAUAAUUACCAAACUGUUGAUAGGUCACAUAACAGCCAAACAGAAGAGCAUGUGCUCUGGCAGUCCAUGCUUUUAGUUAAUUUUUGAGGUGAGCUUAAAGCUGUAAGAUAACUCUUAGUGAUCUGUGCAGUUUUCCCAGAAUUGCAUUAGUACAGUAUGGUAUUCAUUUAUUGGGCUUCAUUACUAUAUUGUGACAGUUGAAAAAGCUUAAUUCACAGUAAUGAUAUGAAGUGUUACAAAAUAGGAUUAAUACUCAGCCUCACCAAAGGUCUUGUAUAAUCAGACUUGUAGCUUUAGUAGGUACAGUAAACCCUCAAAUUAAGGGACCUCUUUUGGCCCUGAAAAAUUUUCUUCAUAUUAAAACCAAUUUCAGCAGUUCAGAAGUAUUGUCCUUAAGAAACAAAAUGAUGAGUGGGUAACAUAUAGACUGGGACACAGUCUUUACACAAGCUUUACAAAGUCCUACUCAUGUUUCACCUCCAAUUGCUUCAACAUCACAGCAUAAACAACCUGCCAUCAUCAGUGCCUCUAUUUACACAUUUCAGAAGAAUCUGAUAAUGAGGUUUCCCCUUCACCUCCACCUUUUGAGUAAUUACUACUAUAUAGUGAAUAGUAAUUUUCCUUUAUUUAGAAUAUUUUUUUUAUACAUUAAAACAAUACCAUAUGGUGCCAAUAAGGUUACAUUAAAUUGAGGGUUUACUAUAUGAGCAAUCUUGUGAAUGUAGUCAUUAACAAAUUCCAAAAUGACCUCUAGAUGGGGAGGGCCAGAUCUGAUUCACAGGUUACCUCAAGUAUAAGAUAUUGUUAGUUAGGGACUACAAUAUAUAUUUUAUGUUACUGUGAUAAUGCCCAGUGAUCUACUUUAUUUAUACUGUGAUAAGUUUUCCUCAUGUAUUUCUUGAACUAUCUUUUGAGUAUAUUUAUCAUUACUGCAAGUUAAUAUAGAAUGACUGGGGAUAUUAGUAACUUAA